GUUUCAGAUAGUUUGCUCAAUUACAAUAUGUUCAAAUUCAUUUCCAUGACUUGCUUGGUUUUACUAUACCAUUAUUGCUCAACAUCUCCUCUACAGAAUCGUGCCAAAAGAGCCGCAUGUGACUCAACAUAUGGAGCAUGGUCUGCGUGGGGCGAGUGUUCAAUGAAUUGUGGAUACUGCGGAAAACAGAAUCGAACAAGAACCUGUGAACCAGUUGCUGGUUGUGCUGAACCCAUCUGCUCAGGCGAUUCCAUUGAAAUUCAAUCUUGUGGUACCAGUGACAACAUUUGCUUCUACCCAACGGUGUCUUGUUGUAAUGGGGCAUACAUAAAAACGAUCGACUGGAAUGGAAAGCGGUUUUAUUGCUCUAAUAAAACAAAGGAAUCAUCUCAUGUGGAGGGUUCAACAGAUUUCCGUCAAGAUGUAUAAGUCACUCUGUGUUUUAGCAAAAAAUUUACAUGUACCUCUAAUAUCCACAUACAUUUUAUCUCACUCAUAUUAACGCAAUGAUUUCUUUUAACUUUCAAUCUAAUCUUCUAAUUGUUUAUUGCAAAAAUGGCAACAAAAAUUUUGAUAAUAAUAAUAAACAUAACCAUUACU